CCCAGAGCUGCCGCCCGCCCGGGCCUGCCGGGGGAGGAGCGGGCCGUGGUAGCGGCUGCAUGGCGGCGGGGGCGAGUGGCGGCGGCUUGCUGCCCUUCCUGCGGCUGCUGGGGCAGCUCAAGAGAGUACCGCGGACGGGAUGGGUGUACAGGAACGUGGCAAAGCCAGAGAGUGUAUCCGAUCAUAUGUACAGAAUGGCGAUGAUGGCGUUGGUGACUGAAGAUAAAUGCCUUAACAAAGACAGAUGCAUACGAUUAGCUUUGGUCCACGAUAUGGCUGAAUGCAUUGUUGGAGACAUUGCUCCUGCAGAUAACAUCUCAAAGGAGGAGAAACACAAGAGGGAAGAGGCAGCUAUGCAACAACUGACCCAGCUUCUAUCAGAGGAGCUCAGAAAAGAAAUCUAUGAACUCUGGGAAGAAUAUGAAAACCAGCGUACUGCAGAAGCCAAGUUUGUAAAGCAGUUGGAUCAGUGCGAGAUGAUACUGCAAGCAUUUGAAUAUGAAGAGCUGGAAAACACACCUGGCAGACUGCAGGAUUUUUACGAUUCAACUGCUGGGAAGUUUGUUCACCCUGAAAUACUCCAGCUUGUAUCUCUGAUCAACACAGAAAGGAAUAAAAAAAUAGCUGCUACGUCUCCUCCACAUUCCUGAGGUGCUCCUAAACACUUUAGCUAUAAUAAAUACUUUGUUUUAUA